UCCAGAGCGCGCAGUGUGCAGCGGCCAGGAGGAGGAGGACGGGGAUACAGAGAGCGAGAGAGAAGGUGCAAAAAUGGCAACGGGGACAGCAGAGGCAGAGACCAGGCAGAGGCUGCUGAAGACAGUCAAGAAGGAGGUAAAGCAGAUAAUGGAAGAAGCGGUUACCCGGAAAUUUGUUCAUGAAGACAGCAGUCAUAUUAUCUCAUUCUGUGCUGCUGUGGAAGCUUGUGUGCUUCAUGGCUUGAGACGAAGGGCCGCUGGUUUCUUGCGCAGCAACAAGAUCGCCGCCUUGUUCAUGAAAGUUGGCAAAAGCUUCCCUCUCGCUGAAGAUCUUUGCAGAAAGGUCCAAGAGCUGGAACAACUGUUAGAGAACAAGAGGAAUCAGAUGCAAGGCAUCCACGAUAGCAUAAGGAAGACACCGAAGCUGCCAAACCUGUCCCCACAGGCCAUCAAACACCUAUGGAUUAGAACAGCACUCAUUGAAAAAGUAUUAGAUAAAAUUGUGCAUCAUCUGGUGGAAAAUUGCAACAAAUAUUAUGAAAAAGAAGCCCUUUUAAUGGAUCCAGUGGAAGGGCCAAUCCUUGCUUCUUUAUUGGUUGGCCCCUGUGCCCUGGAAUACACAAAAAUGAAAACAGCUGACCAUUUCUGGACUGACCCUUCUGCCGAUGAACUUGUCCAGAGGCAUCGUAUCCACAGCUCUCACUGCCGGCAAGACUCCCCCACUAAGAGGCCUGCACUGUGUAUUCAGAAAAGACAUUCAAGUGGAAGUAUGGAUGACAGACCAUCGCUGUCAGCACGGGAUUAUGUGGAAUCAUUACACCAAAAUUCAAGAGCAACUCUUCUAUAUGGGAAGAACAACGUAAUGGUUCAGCCUAGAGAUGAUAUGGAAGCCAUUCCUGGAUAUUUAUCGCUUCACCAAACUGCAGAUAUAAUGACCUUAAAAUGGACUCCAAACCAACUCAUGAAUGGCUCUGUGGGAGACCUAGACUAUGAGAAAAGUGUCUAUUGGGACUAUGCAAUGACUAUUCGCCUAGAAGAAAUAGUGUAUCUGCAUUGUCACCAGCAAGUAGACAGUGGAGGCACAGUGGUUCUAGUGAGUCAAGAUGGAAUACAGAGGCCACCACUUAGGUUCCCUCGGGGUGGACAUCUCUUGCAAUUCCUUUCUUGUUUGGAGAAUGGUCUCCUCCCACAUGGUCAGCUGGAUCCACCAUUAUGGUCCCAAAGAGGAAAGGGAAAGGUGUUUCCCAAACUGAGGAAGCGAAGCCCACAGGGUUCUUCAGAAUCUGCUUCAGACAAAGAAGAAGAUGAAGCCACUGACUAUGUUUUCAGGAUCAUAUACCCAGGGACACAGUCUGAGUAUGCCCCACAGGAGUUGAUAGACUCUCAAGGUGGUGGACUUCCUUCCAUGUGGCAGCCCAGCACACGCAAAUCUUCAUGUUCCUCCUGCUCUCACAGUGGAUCUUCAGAGGGAGGUCCAUCCAACGGCUGCAAUCACGAGAGAGCACCUCUUAAAAUGUUAUGCGACAACAUGAAGUAUCAGAUUGUGUCUAGAGCAUUUUAUGGAUGGCUUGCCUACUGCAGACACCUGUCAACUGUAAGAACACAUCUCUCAGCUCUGGUUAACCAUAAGAUUGUGUAUCCUGAUGUACCAGUUGAUGCCAGCUUUGGAUUGACCGUGGAAAUUUGGCAGAAGUAUUUAGAAGACAGCAUGAAUUAUGAGGAACAAGAGCUUUUACGUCUUAUUUACUAUGGUGGAAUUCAGCAUGAGAUCAGGAAAGAUGUGUGGCCUUUUCUUCUCGGACACUAUCAGUUUGGAAUGACAGAAGCACAAAGAAGAGAGGUGGAUGAACAAAUCCGUGCCUGCUAUGAACAAACCAUGGCAGAGUGGCUGGGCUGCGAGGCAAUCGUACGUCAGAGAGAGAAAGAAUCUCAUGCAGCUGCGCUGCUAAAGUGUUCCUCUGGAGCCAGCCUGGAUAUCCAGAUUCAAAGGAUGAUGCACAGAGAUUCUACCGUGAGCAACGAGUCUUCCCAAAGUUGCAACUCGGACCGACAAAACCAUGCACGCUUGGAGAGUGACUCCAGUACAAGCACACAGGUGUUUGAGUCAGUUGAGGAAGUGGAACAAACAGAACUUAGAAAUGAGGACAGCAAACCUACCAAGAUACCAAAUGGAACACUUCCAAAUGGAACCUGCUCUCCGGAUUCAGGGCACCCUUCCUCCCGCAACUUCUCCAUUACCUCUGGGUAUUCAGAGCACAGUUUCAGCACAGAUGACAAUGCCUCUUCUAUGGAAGUCAACAAAAAUGCUUUGCAUUUGCACAUGAAAUCAGGAGCUGCCUCUGGAAAGCAACAGAGCAACUUGGACAGCACCCUAGUGGAUAACAAAACUGUAGAAGAGGAUUUUCCCAUUCAGGGCAACUUAGAUGGUGAAGCAACAGCUAAUGAGAGCUUGGAUGAUUUUAUCUCUAUGACAGAAAGCACAGAAGACAUUCUUCCAGAUAAGGAGACAAUACUUUCUGUAGUUGAAGCCUGGCCUGAUAGUGAAGCUGAGAAAGAGAGCCUGGUGGGAAGUGAAGAUAACUUGUCAGAAGAGCCAGAGAUGGAGAGUUUGUAUCCACAGCUUAACUCAUUAAUAGUGAUAGAUGCUACAGUUUCUGAAGUCUCUCCAGUCUCAUCCACUGGAGUAUCAUAUUCUCAAGAACUGCUUGACAUGUACACCAUUAAUCUGCACAGAAUUGAGAAGGAUGUUCAGAGGUGUGACCGCAACUAUUGGUAUUUCACGCCCACUAAUUUGGAGAAACUUCGAAAUGUAAUGUGCAGCUAUGUUUGGCAACACAUUGAGAUUGGGUAUGUGCAAGGAAUGUGUGACCUUCUGGCCCCUCUCUUGGUAAUACUAGAUGAUGAAGCCUUGGCUUUCAGCUGCUUUACGGAACUCAUGAAAAGAAUGAACCAGAACUUUCCACAUGGAGGUGCCAUGGAUACUCACUUUGCCAACAUGAGAUCUCUGAUACAGAUAUUGGAUUCUGAGCUUUUUGAGCUUAUGCAUCAAAAUGGAGACUACACCCAUUUUUAUUUCUGCUACCGCUGGUUCCUUCUUGAUUUCAAACGAGAAUUAGUCUACGAUGAUGUCUUUUCGGUUUGGGAGACCAUCUGGGCAGCUAAGCAUGUUUCAUCCUCUCACUUUGUCCUGUUCAUUUCCUUGGCAUUGGUUGAAGUUUAUCGGGACAUUAUCCUGGAGAACAACAUGGACUUUACUGAUAUAAUUAAAUUCUUUAAUGAAAUGGCUGAGAGGCACAACAUAAAGCACAUCAUGAAACUCGCUCGAGACCUUGUGUAUAAGGUUCAGACCCUAAUCGAAAACAAGUGAGGGAAUCAACAAACCUGAAACAAACACAGACACGCCAUGGAGCCUUGGAAAUCAUUAUUCAGCAAUGCAAUCUGGUCCCUACAGAAGCAAAAGGGUUAGACAAUGUGUAAUAAGCCAGUUUAAUUACCUAAGUAAGUGCCAGAAACAGGAGUGUGCCCCAAAAGUAGAGGAAAUACCAAGUCACAAAAAAUGGUUUUCCGGUAUAUUUUUCCGCUUUUAGAAACAUUCUCAUUUCCUUUGGGCUUUUUAAAGUUUAUUGUUAAACCAAAGACCUCAAAUUCAGAUGUGUUUUCUUGCCAAUUUCAAGUCGAGGCUGCAAUGUUAGUCAAAGCGUCUUUAUGCACUACUUUAAGUAGCUUCCUGAGGCUGACAAUUGGAUUUUCACAAGAGCUUCUAUCCCAACUCCAACUUUUACACUGUUUAUAAACACACACAAAAAGUGGUGGGCCGCAGAUUGUCUUAGUAGAGCAGUGUAAAAGUAUCUGAGGCUGUAACAUAGUAUUGAACACUACCCAUGUUUUAGUAAACUAAUUUUACCAAGUUAACACAAACAGUAAGCCUGUUAAACCCUUCAAAAGGCACAUAAGGCACAUUUUGAAUGGAGAACUUUAAAAAGUAUUGAUGUUCCAUUACUAAUGAGAGAGGCUCUGCAUCCUAUCAAAAGAGCAGCAUUGUUAUUCUAUGAUAAUUUCCCUAAAGUGUGCUUACAAUGUUCUCCCUAUUCUUGUCAAUGCUUAUAGGUACUUAAUAGUAUAUACCUAUAAUACCUAUAGUGUCCCCAGCUCCCCUCAGAUUGCAUGGAAAAUGCGUUUUUACUCCCACCCCGCCUCCAUGCUGAGAUCAAUGCAUAUCUGUGGAGAAUGUUCAGCGCCUCAAUGCAGCACUAGACUAGGAAGCAUUUAUAAUAGCUGUCUGAGUGACUGCCACUAGAGGUGUUGCUAGACAGCAAUGUAAACACUAUCUUUCUCUGAAAAGGCAUUGUUUACAGUGCUAAGCCUGCAGGAACAUGCCAUAGACACCAGAACCACUGUGUUAAGCUACAGUGGUUCUGGUGACUAUAGUGUCCCUUUAAUAUUAGCAGAGCCUUAGCAUUGGCACAAACUACCCAAUGUACAGCAUGGGCAAUGACAGAGGAAAUAUA